UACGAACGACAGACACAAGUUCUCCAGCCCCACACACUGUGCAAGGCUUUGGACGCUUCUAAGCUAGAACCGACGGUAUGGUUAUGAUGAUACUUUCGUUGCUAAAAGAUGUGUAGGAUGGAAAAGCUUGCAAAAAAUCUAGAGUUCAAACUCGGCCAGUUUUGUGCUGUAGAAUUGAUGCUGAUACGAACAUGUGUGAAUGCUCUGUAUCACCGGUUCUUCUUCUUUAGCUUGGGGUGAUUUUACAACUGAGGAAUUGAACAUGUAGUUGAUUAUAUUCUGACGAACUGGAUGCUGAGCUGAUGGGAACAAAAGUGAAUUGAACAUGACCAAGUCCAAGAGCAUAUUAAUCGACCAGACACGACCAUGAUAUUUGAAACACAAAGAUUGUUCAAUUUGUUACAUAGCUGGUCGUCAGUUGAAAGAUUCUUCGUGCUCAGCUUUAUUAACAACACUUUGUUAUUGUUAGUUUGAGUUGAUGUGUGUGCAUCAACGGCAAUACUAGCCAAGUAAAAAUAUUAUGCAAAUUGUAAUGGUUGGCUUCACAUUCGUAGUACGCGUACUUAUAUGUAACUUACAUAUAAGAGGCACACUGCUUACCAGUAAACCAUUUCUGACAUAAACCUGAGAAACUUGGUAGGAGUUAGUAAAUUUAAUAGUAUUUAGAUAUUUAUCUAGCUUAGUUUGUGCUCCUAAUGAUUGUGACAGUUUAUCGUUAUAAAUAAAUACUUAAAUAGAUAUUUAUUUGACAUGUACAUAACUUUCUAUUUUAAGAUUUAAGUAAAAUAAAUCCUCCAAGUAAAUAAAUGUGUUAUUUCUCUGAUUAUUUAGGUAAAUUACUUAAAAGUUGAGUGCCGUUAAGAAUGAACUUUAGUCAGCAUUAGAGUAACUCUGAGCAAUGAAAUUGACUCUCUCGAACCAGGCUGCUUUAGUUAGAUAUACAUUAUUCUCUGGUUAAAUUGCACACUUGAUGACUUCCUUCUUAAAAUCCUGUGAUCAAUCAUGACAAAAAUGAUUCCUGGUAACUGGAGAUUCAUAGUUCCUCUUGCCACAUUUUUUCAACUGAUAAUUAGUGGCUUGUGUGAUACGGUCAGUUUAAGGACUAAUCUCAUGGAGAGUUAUGACCCAAAAGUGCCACCACGAUCCUCUGACAAUGGACCGAUCAAAAUCCUCAUGGGAUUGACACUUACGCACUUCUUACUGGAGGAAACUGAACAAGUGUUUCAGGCAAACGUUUGGUUUUCAAUGAGCUGGACAGAUAAUCGUCUCGCAUGGAAUCGUACCUCCUCGGAUAAUGAUACAACAAUUUUACGAUUUGCAAGUCACGAGAUUUGGCAGCCCGACAUUAUCCUAAUUAAUAAUGCUUUGCCAACUGAAACAUUUCACUACGGUGAGUUUCUUCUUAUCGUGAAGCCUGAUGGUCUGGUGCUUAUGACAAUACCUGCAAAGUUGACGUCUCACUGUGGUAUGAAUAUGAUCCGUUGGCCGUUUGAUGAACACACGUGUAAUUUAAAAGUGGGAUCUUGGACACAUUCGGGAAGUGAAGUUGACUUGGAUUUGCCGUCAAAUAUUGCAUCAAACCCUAAUCACGCUAUUGACUCCAACUUGUAUGUGCCCAACUCAGAAUGGAAUUUGAUCAAGACUUUUGCUGAAAAAGAUAAUGAAUAUUACGCCUGUUGUGAAGAACCAUAUGCCGUGGUCAAAUAUAGCUUUACAAUUCAAAGAAGUUCUCCUUCAUACGCAGCAACUAUAAUUUUGCCCAUCAUAGUCAUCACGCUUGUGAACAUUAUGGUCUUUAUCCUGCCUCCCACUGCUGGCGAAAAACUUUCACUCGCUUCCAUCAACUUUUUCAUCGUGUGCAUUUAUCUCAUUUAUUUUGAAGCAAGACUUCCUUCGAUUGGGGACCAUCUUCCACUUUUGGUUUUGCUGUAUUCCAUCAAUGCAGUACUCAUUGGGAUCUCAAUAGUCAUUUCAGUCAUUGUGAUCAACCUUUCUCGAAACCACGGAAGAGCGUCCAGUCCUCCCCAGUGCUUCAGAAUGUUUUGCAAUGCGAGUUUUGCCCAAGUUCUUGGACUGGGUUAUAUUGUCCCAUACGUCUCAAUGACUCAUUCAAGACUGAAUGAUGAUGAAGGAGUAGAAAUGCAACCUCCACGUGAAAAUGGACGACCUAGCUUUGACCAUAGUGACAAAGAUCAUACAACGCCUCUUGUUACAGAAAUGCCAUAUUCAGCAAAUGCAGAAUGGAUCCUCCUUGCUGCUAUGAUUGAUAGACUGACGCUCAUCAUCUACACCAUUGUCUCUGGCGUUACCUUAGGGCUGUGCUUAGCCUAAAAUGGGGGAAUUCAAUUUCACACAACAAUUACCAGUUUCACAUUUUUUUAUUGAAACGUAUUAUACUUAUGUACGUAGGUAUACUAUCAAUAAGGAAGUUAUAAACGUUCACUAAUGUAUAUGUACGUACAACUGAUAUUAUUGGAGGAUUCAUGUUCCUUCCAAAAUGCACUUGUUAACAACAUUAAGUUAUAAAUUGUCAAGAAUCACUUUAAAGCUUA